GUGGCUUUCAAACCUAUCCCACCUAUGGCCAUCAUGUAUUAAUCGCAGCUUUCAUCGCCUACCUCCUUAGGAAUGUUUGGAGCUGUGGUCACAGGGCGAUGGCGGAAAGAAAAAUGCUCGCAAUGCCAAUGGCUCUAGUUUCCAGCACUUACGGCGGUCGCCGCUCGUCUCUCUCCCUCUUCUCGUCUACAAUGUCCCUGUCUUCUCUCACCCCAGAUGAAGGCCUCAACUGCGGGAGGUAUUCCUCUGCACCGACAUGAGAGAUUCCUACCUCCCUCACAACCAAAUAACUUGGCACCAGGGAGAAUCCCCACAGCGCCAGCAUGAUACCGGCGGACACGAUCAGCUAGGGGAUCAAGAUCAGUGUCGGAUUCUGACAGGAAAGAUAUGGGUGACCACUUACGCGAGUGUGCGUUGAGCUUAUCCCGGACGCGAUACAUUGCCCGGCGGCCUCGACACCCCGGGCAAUGGACGCGUAGCGGACGAUUUCAACCGGCUUCUUGGCUAGGAACCCCAGGAGCCAGUAUCCGUAGUUGUACGUCAAGGCGAACUCGACCUGCUGGAACACGUACAAAGCCCAGCCUUCACCAAAUUGCGCAUCCACCCAGUCAAGCGCGGGCUUGUGUUGCUGAUACUUGUGCUGAAUGACCACCGCCCAUGUCCAAACGCCGCCGCUGAGGAUCAUGAUUGCCAGGAACCCUCCCUUCGCUCGUUGAUUGAUGGUCAGUCGCUUGAUAUCGAGGAAAGUGCCCAUCAUAGCGGUUGCCAGAACUUGUGCAAGCGCCGUGACCAGAGAGGCGAGUGCUCGGGCUCGAACACUGAAGUACAGCGACAUGUACGAGCCAAUAUACGGUAAGGACCAAGUAACAUAACAGAAAUAAGGAACACUGUCGGUUUGUUAGCAGACCAUCAUCUACCGGUAACCUGUGGCUUACAGUAAAAUGAACUCCUUGCGCAACAUCAGCCUCAGCGUUUCCUUCAGCUCGAUGCUAUCAGCAACUCUUUCGACCAGCUGGACCUUUGUGCCAUUUCCUCUCUGAACCUUCUGUGGAGGUGACAACAACAUGGCAAUGGCCGGGCCCAAGCAUUCUAUGACGGCCAUCAAUGUUAGUAAGGACACAACUACUCUUUCCGAGGAGGCGUGUUACUUACGCAGGACGACAAAGACAAUGUACGUCCUCCAAUCCAGCUUGCCCAGUUGCUUCCCACUGUAGUUGAAGGCCAGGUUGAUGAUGCCGCCGAGGAUGGCGCCACUGUUGCGAUAUGCCAGCCAAUACGCGAGAUAUCUGCCUCUGGACUCUGGUGGCGGGUAGCUGAGCAUGAUGGCUCCUUCUGCCGCCCAGAACAAUCCGGCGGUAAUACCGCACGCUGCUGAACCGAGAUAGAUGAACCACUCGGUGCCGUGCCGGUUGUUCUGGUACAGUGCUGCCGAGUAGAUGACAUAUCCGAUGGUUCCAAUGGCCAGGGUCAUGCGCAGUCCAAUACGGUUGAUCACGAUACUCCCGCUAAGACAGGCGAAGGUCAUGAGACAGAAAAGAAUGGCAUUUCCGGCCCUAUUCCACCGAUCUGUCUGUCAGUCCAUCCGGUUUCCAAUGGUACAUGGCGGUUGAAGGGGUAGCGCCACUCACAUCACAAGGUACGGAGUCUGCUGGCCGCCAGCCCCGACUGACUGCAUUGCAUUCCACAGCCCUGGAGCACCAAACGCGCAGAAGCCGACGACAGUAGCCUGAAAGAACACCCCUCGGAACCAUGACUUUGGCUGUUUUUCGUCGUGUUGUGGCUGAACACCGCCGCUCUCGGUGUCACUGUCAACUCGGGCAGCGAUGCCGUCCUUGGCCGCCGCUGUGGUGGCCAUUUUGUUUUCGUACUGUUAGACAAUCAGUUGUGAACCUUCAAUCAGGUCGAACUCCAAUCAGCGAAAGGCUGAACGAUGGACUCGAUGAUUGCCGCUGACAGUAACGCCCAGGAAAGGACGCCUUUGCCAGCUACUUAUAUGGCUGGACAGUUGAUGUACGUUGGUGGCACGAACACCUUUCUGCCUCGCGCAAUAUUGUGGAUGGCGUGCUUUGAACAACGAGUUAGUUCCAGCGGACUGGGUCCGACACGUUUGUGCUAACAUCCCGCGUCGGUUCAGACAGGAGACCCUUUCUACCUGCGGUACAGUCCAUAACGCGCAGACUACUAUCUUGGCUGUUAGAUAGCAAGUGUAGAGAGUGCAUAUGCUUCUUUCAGAUCGUUUUCAGUUGAUAAUAGGACCAGAAGCAAAGUCGCAUAUGCAUACAGGACGAUCUACAACCUGGUAUGGACAGACUUGCAUGGUUGCUUUGGUUUUUCCCGCCUUGAACCUCUACAUCAUUGGUUCUUCCAAUCCCAAAAGACGAGACACAGUGCGGCGUUAUCAGCGAUACUCGACAAGUCCGCCAGCCGGGCUAGCAAGAAGUGGUAUCAAGUGCCCAGGUCUUCUUGCGGUCCUCUACUGGUCUUGGCCCGGCCCCUUAAAGUGGACCCACUUCAACCGUUCAUCACGACAUCAGCACCCCGGAUCACGUACAUUUCCCUUCUGUGCCGAAUGCGGAGGGGAUCACGACACCAAACAGCAAAUCUUGCCAUUGCACACGAGCGGCCUCUUACGGAGUCAAGUUCCGGUCAUGAUAUGCAAGAGGACAGAAGGCAUAUGGCAGAUCCCCAAGACGGGGCGAUAGUUCAGCAUGCUCGAGCGCGAGAGAGCGAUCAUGGUGAGCGUCUUAUGGCUCCUGCUUUGGAUCGAGGCCAGCGACAGGAGGGACGACAUCAGUUAUGUCCAAGGAGAAGAGCGUACAAUAUGGGACGAGGCGCCGACUAGCUUGUACGCCUCAUAUGCCGGGAUGUCCACAACUGGAUUCAACAUUUGGAUCUUUCCUGUCUUCCGCUCCCUCAUCCAAUCGAUACAUGGACCAUAGACCUUCGCCAAGCGAUCGGUAACAUACGGUGCCGGAUGUGCCUGUGGAUGACCUUCCUCUUGGGCAGUCGGGGUACCGCUAAUGUCAGGACCCGAUGUUCCGGAAACCGGCACCAGCAUAGCAAUAUGAUCUUCUCUACUGCGCCCAAAGAGAAGAACUUAGCUUGAGCAUACCUAUGCCAACAGAAUAGCUUUUCGUGAAGCAACUGAUUGACUUGCACCAGCGUGCGCGGCAUACCCGAAGACGACCGGGCUGAACUUUGACACCCAUCUAUACCUACCUAAGCUACGUUUUUUCAACAAUCAGUCCUUUUCUCCCCCGUGCCGUGAGCAAGGAAGCAAAACACCCAUCCAUCAGCAUGGCCCCUAUCUCAACCGCCGACUUGGCCCAGCGCACAACAAACGAAACCAUCAGCAGCAGCGCGAAAUCAACCAACUCGAAACCUCAACCUGAGACUAAUCCCAAGUCUAAGUCAUGGCCCUUUGAGGAAUUUACUUUCCCAGGCCAACAAAUCACCAGCGACUUUGGAUAUGGGUAUGGAAACCCUGCCCAAACCACAUCUUCUCCAAAAGUGCAGCAGCAACCAAAAUUGUUCCCGCUGGCCUUGAAGCCGUCCGCGGAGUGGACGCCGGAAACCAUUGACGAUGCAGUCGAGGCCAUCACGACCCUCCGCGAGUCCGGGGCCCUUUUGGACCUGGUGAAGGAGCAUGGCGGCGCCAUCUUGUUCCGCGGGCUGCCUAUCAAGACGGCCCUCGACUAUAGUCGCGUUGCGCAUGCUUUUGGUUUCCGCCCUCACGAGGAGGUGGGAAGGCCGCCAUUGAGGACCGUCCUGGCCCCAAACGUCAAAACUGCCAAUGAAGGACCGCCCGAGCUACCGAUCUGGCCACACAACGAAUACGGCUGGUCCACCAUCAACCCGGCAUGGCUGACAUUUUCUGCGCUCUCUGUUCCAGAAACAGGCGGAGCAACCCCGAUCAUAUCUAGCAUAGGCCUGGCCAAAGCCCUAGAGGAGAAAGCGCCCCAAUUCUUUCAAUCCUUACUCGAAAAGGGCGUCAAGUACGUCUACCGGUAUCCUCGACAAGACUCUGUUUCGACAGUCGGCACCAGCGUCUUCAGCGCCUACGGCCAGACGAUUCGGGACGGAGACGACGAAGACACGAUCCGGCGUAAAAUCGAGGCCGAGGUCCGUCGACAUAGUGACAGGUUCGAAUGGCAUGAGGAUGGAUCGAUCAGUGUCACGCAUAUUGUUCCGAUCAUUCGAAAACACACCCCCACGGGCCAUACCACCUGGUUCGGCAAUCUAACCAGCGCAUACGGCCGCAGCAGACACCACGGCGCGACCCAGCCACCCUUUCUGGGUGAUGACGGCGGAUACCACCCUCUCCCGACAUACGGCGACGGAAGUCCCAUUAACACCGAAGACCUAGAGCUCGCGCUGUCCAUUGCCGAGGGGAUGCAGGUGGAUGUUGAGUGGGAAGUAGGGGAUGUUGUAUUGUUGGAUAAUUAUGCAGUGAUGCACUCGCGUAAACCGUGGGUUGUCACGGCGGACCAGAAGCAAAGAACGGUUCUGGCUGCCCUGUGGGAUGACGAUGGGAGGAUUGACGAUUUUGACCAAGGGAAGGAGAUUCUAAAGUCGAGUCCGCGAGUGCCGAUUGUGGGACAGGUUUCGCAAGACCACUAAAAGCUGGAGAUUUGCUGAGCAGAGCAAGACGUAUGUGGUGACCGGACCGAGUUGAGUUUCUUUGGCGGACCUUGUUGACUUGAUAGAGGGACUUGGCGGGAUGGGCUUGGAUUGGUGAUUGACAUGGUAGUUGGUUGAUACUCUCGGGUGGUAGGAUCAGCUGCGGUUGGGCAACAGUGGGUAGAGAGUUUGUCCACUGUCGUCACAGUCAUCCAGAUUCCAACCCAGGCUGGGUGGUCAAUGCCAGAUGGUUGAUUCGAUUCCAUUCUCCCCCAGGUUUCGUUUUUCGUCAUGGUCGAUUCUGCGAGGCCUUGUAGCGGGUCCUUCACUUCUUUCGUGACCUUUGGAGGACAGCACAGCCUGACAAGGACAACAGAGAUUUGCUUUCGCUGAGGCAGACUCCCAUUGACACCGAGAUAUCACUUCGCCAAGCGGGGUGUUGUUGAGAACCACCUGCGAGAAAUCACUCAGCGCAUCCUCGCACUAUUCCAGCUCUCAAACUCAAACAACAUAUCCGCCGUAAUACUCUUCGGCGUGCUCUCAAUCGCCCUCCUAAUAUCCUCCGCAACAAUCACAUCACGAUCAUCAUCAAACGCAAAUUCCCCCGCCGUCUGACAAAUCGCCACGACCUCUGCGCCCGAAAACCCAGCCGCGGCCCUCGCAAACUCGUCGGUAUCUUCAUCAAGACUGAUUUCGGGCCUAUAUCCAUCACCAAUCCUCUGUAGUCUUUUCUGAAAAAUCUCCUUUCUGGCCUCCAAGUCCGGCGGCCCGAUAUAGACCACAUUAUCGAAUCGGCCGGGGCGCAUGAGUGCCGGAUCAAUGUUCAUCGGCUUAUUCGUGGCCGCGACAACGAGAACAUUCUUCAAUUCUUCAAAGCCAUCCAUUUCAUUCAACAACGUCGUCAACACAUUCAAGUCACUUCCACUUCUUCCCCUAGAUGCAAUAGCAUCAAUCUCGUCGAAAAAAAUAAUACUCGGACUCGCGGCCCUUGCUUUGCG